AUGGGGGACGACCGCAGCAUUCCCAUCAAGGCGGCUUCUUCGAGCCGCGACUUUGUCGCCCAGCUCAGCUCGUCUUUCAUGACGGGAACGCCACCCGCACAAGAACUCCUGGCAAGAGAUUUGGCGGAAUGCUCCGAGGACGAAUACGUCGACGAAAAUGAGGAUGCCAUCGGCUCCGAGGACGAGGACGUGUCCGCGGAGGGCCCUCUCUUUUACCGCCGCCCGAGCGGUGUCGCAUUCGGCACCUCCCGCCCCGUCAUGAACCCGCAACCGAUAUACGCAGCCGAGGAACCACCAGUCCUCACCAGAGUCGAGAAGAAGCAGUCGCGCGAUGCCGAGCUGAGUCUGUUGCGUGACAAUCAUCUUUUGCCUCCCAAGCAUGCCCGAGAGGAAAACGAGCCAUUCUAUCGUCGUGCCUACAGACGCCUCUUCAGCACAAAGGUCCCACUCGAGCCUCAUGAUGAGGAGGCACCGCAGGUCGUCAUUCGUCGACCGACUGAGUCGACUCCUUUGUUGUCUGGCACUAGCCCGGCUCCGGAUGCCGACGGCCUCGAGAACCUCAGUGAGCAAUGGGAAGCGGCUGUCUCGACGGGCCAGCUUCGCACUACGUGGCAGCGCGAGGCCAAGACCAUUAUCCAGUAUGCCAGCCCGCUCAUCGUCACAUUCAUGUUGCAGUACUCCAUCAACGUCGUUUCCAUCUUUGCCGUAGGACAUAUCGGUAAGAUAGAACUCGGCGCUGUGAGCUUGGCGACCAUGACAGCCACUAUCACCGUCUACGCGCCUUUCCAGGGGCUGGCAACGAGUCUCGACACCCUAUGUGCGCAGGCCUACGGCUCCGGACACCGCCAUCUCGUCGGGCUACAAUUCCAGCGCAUGACAUAUUUCUUACUCAUGUGCUUUGCUCCGCUCGCGGUCCUGUGGUUCUUUAGUGAAUCGGUAUUGCGGCUCUUGAUCCCGGAACCCGAGUCGGCGCGGCUGGCCGGCCAAUACCUGCGUGUGCUGAUUCUGAGCGGACCGGCAUUCGUCUUCUUCGAGGGCGGGAAGCGGUUUGUGCAGGCGCAGGGUCUGUUUCAGGCCACCACAUGGGUUCUCUUGAUCGCCGCGCCCAUUAACAUCCUGUUGAAUUGGCUGUUUGUCUGGAGGUUGGGAUGGGGUUUCAUCGGAGCUCCUGCUGCGGUUGUCUGCACCCAGAACCUGCUUCCGCUGUUGCUGUUCCUCUACGUGCGCUUCAUCGACGGAUACCAGUGCUGGGGCGGUUUCAGCAAACGGGCUCUGUCAAACUGGGGCCCGAUGCUUCGCUUGGCUUUGCCCGGCAUGAUCAUGAUUGAGGCCGAGUACAUGGCUUUUGAGAUCCUGACUCUUUUCUCGAGCCAGUUUGGUCCGGAGUACUUGGCGGCUCAGAGCGUCGUGGUCACGCUGUGUGCUAUUACCUACCAGAUCCCCUUUCCCGUCAGCAUCGCGGCGUCCACCCGAAUUGCUAACCUCAUUGGUGCCGGGUUGGUGGAUGCAGCAAAGAUUACCGGUGGAGUGGCAUUUGCGGCAGCUCUGAUUGUGGGCGUGUUCAACGUCAUUCUCUUUGGCAGCUUGAGGUUCCACCUGCCACGACUCUUUACCAACGAUGAAGAGGUCAUUGCCAUCGUGGCCAACGUGCUUCCGCUAUGUGCGCUGAUGCAGGUCUUUGACGGCCUAUCCGCGGGAGCCCACGGUUUGCUGCGUGGCAUUGGCCGCCCUUCCAUCGGCGGCUAUGCGAAUUUGACAGUGUACUACCUCAUUGCGAUGCCCAUCUCCUUUGGAACCGCCUUUGGUCUUGAUUGGAAGCUCAAGGGGUUGUGGCUGGGUGUCACGAUUGGACUUGCCUUGGUGGCUAUUAUCGAGUAUUCGUUCGUAUACUUCACGGACUGGCACAAGGCGGCCAAAGAGGCAGAGUCGAGAAACCAGGCCGAGUGA